AUGACGAAGGCGUACACCAAGCCCAAGGAAAUGGCAGAGCUGGUGGGCACCCAGGGCUGGAUGGACGAUGCGCUGAGCUCCAAGGAUGAGCUGAAGGCAGAGAACGGCAGGCAAGGACCUUUCGGGUUGGUGCCGGGCUUGAACGAAGAGCACGACAGCAUUGAGGAGGAAGAGGAGGAAGAGGAUGAUGGGGAGAAGCCGAAGAGAAGAGGACCAAAGAAGAAGAAGAUGACCAAGGCCAGGUUGGAGAGGUUCAGGGCUCGGCGGGUGAAAGCCAACGCUCGGGAGCGCACACGGAUGCACGGACUGAACGAUGCCCUGGACAACCUGAGGAGGGUGAUGCCCUGCUAUUCCAAAACCCAGAAGCUGUCCAAGAUCGAGACGUUGAGGUUGGCCAGGAAUUACAUCUGGGCUCUGUCGGAGGUGCUCGAAACGGGGCAGACUCCGGAAGGCAAAAGCUUCGUGGAAAUGCUCUGCAAAGGUUUAUCCCAGCCCACCAGCAACCUGGUGGCCGGCUGCCUGCAGCUGGGGCCGCAGACCUUAUUCCUGGAGAAGCACGAGGAGAAGAACCCCGCGUGCGAGUCGGCCAUUUCCAGCCACUCCUUCGCCUACCAAUCCCCGGGGCUGCCCAGCCCACCCUACGGCUCGAUGGAAACCCACCUGCUGCACCUCAAGCCCCCCGCCUUCAAGAGUCUGGUGGAUGCAUCUUUUGGGAACCCCCCCGACUGCACCACUCCCCCUUACGAGGGUCCCCUCACGCCGCCCCUGAGCAUCAGUGGGAACUUCUCCUUGAAGCAGGACGGCUCUCCAGAGCUGGAUAAGCCCUACGCCUUCAUGGCUCACUACCCUUCGGUCAGCCUGGCUGGGGCACACGGACAUCCCACCCACUUCCAAAACGCAGUGCCCCGCUAUGAGAUCCCCAUAGACAUGAGCUACGAGUCCUACCCUCACCACGUGGCCGGGCCUCAGCUCAACGCCAUCUUCAACGAGUAG